AGAAGGCGGAAACUUCAAAUCAAAACAAACAUCUUUUCAAAGAAAUUUGUCAAAGUUUGGCUAAAAAACGUAAAUUCUAAUUAGUCAUGCGACGAGCGUCCUCUUCGGAGAGGAUGUCACUUGGCCCUUUAAGGGUCAGAAAUGAAGACAAUGGUAGAUCACGCAGUAUGGCACCAGGAAAGAGAACAUCGACCAGUGGCGGCCGUUCAUUGUCAGGCAAUCGACUGUCUUUCACUGGCCGACCAUCAAUAACUGGGUCAAGAAAACGACCAAGCGUCUCAAUUCCUACAUUUGGGCUGCCAAAACAGAAAAACAGAUUGUCAUCAGCAACACCCCGGAAAAGUGGGAUGGGUGUGAAAACAGUGAAUGGGGCUCCGAAAGACCCACGCCCAAUAUCAGACAGAGGCUAUUCAAUGAAAUGUAUGAAAAGGGUGUUAGAGUUUCUGAUGACCAACAGGUAUCCCUAUAACAUCACCUUGAAAGUUCUCCAGUCCCCGACUUCAAAGGACUUCUACAAAAUAUUUGAGUUCAUCAUGGGCUACAUCAUACCCAAGUACAAAGUUUCCCAGAAGCCAGAAGAGGCCAUUCCUCGUCUGCUGCGGCAACUUGGCUACCCAUAUCUGAUCUCGAAGACGUCCAUGUUUGCGAUUGGCAGUCCCCACACGUGGCCGUCCAUCCUGGCAGCUCUUGUGUUUCUGACUGACCUGAUUAUUGUGAACAUGACUCAACAAGAAGGAAGUAUUGACUCUGUACUGUUUCCUGCUGAUGACUUUGAUACCAAGCCGGAAAGUCAGAUAGUAUACCAAUAUGUGGAGCGAGGUUACCACUCAUACAUGGAUGGCAAUGAUGAGUUUGAUGCAGAAGAUAAUGAUUUACGGCACGCUCUCAGGGAGAAGUUUCUGGGAUCUGGGGGAAUAGACGGCCUUCUGGAGACAAACAGAAACCUGGAGGAACAGGUCACUCAGCUGGAACAAGACACUGAUCAGCUUGGUAGUGUGAAAGAGAAGUUACUGGUUGCACAGCAUGAUGAGGAGCGGUUCAGGGGUUACCUCAAACAACUUGAGACCCAUAAAAAGGAGCAAGAGUUACUCCUGGCCCAAACAGAGGAGCAGUGUGCCAGUUUAGAGGCAGAUAUGCAGGCAGAAGAGAUGAAGUUAGAACAGAUGAAGGAGAUUGAGUCCAAACAGGAGUAUUCCCAGGCAGAUGUGGAACAGAUUCACCAGAAAGGUCGAGAGUUGAAGCGACAAUGUGAUGAUCUUGACCGAGAAGUGCAGACUCUCAACCAAGACAUCUGGAAGCUGGAAAUUGCCAUGUCCAAGGACUCAGAAGAGUGCGAGACAAAGCGGCAGUCAUAUGUGAAGGCUGCGAAAUCCCUCAAAUUGGUACCCAUUACUGCAGAAAACGCGGGAGGAAUCGACUAUGAAAUAAAGAAACCCCCGCUAGCUGACGUGAAUGACUUCCAAAAUAAAAUUAAGCCCGCCCUGACCAUGAUCAAAAGCCAGUGUAAAGAAUCCCUGCAGAAGAAGGAGACAGAAAAAAUCAAGGUCGCCGAACAGUUGGAAUCUCUGCGAGAGCGACUGAGUGAUCUGCAGAACGAAGCUACAUUGCUGGACAGCAAGCACAAACGUGCGGACGAUGAAGUGGAGUCUAAGCGACAGCUGUUCCAGGGUGAGCUAGAGCGCCUUCAUGGGGAGGCAGACAGACUACAAAAUGAGCUUGUACAGCUCACAAGUCUGGGUCGUGCUCCGUGUGCAGAUACCGAGGUUGAGAUGAAGAAAAUACAAGCGUGGUCUACACAAGAGAAAGAGAAAUCUGAGAAGAAGUUGAAAGACUAUUCCAACUUCUUUACCAGAGCACUACAGAUGUUUAUGGACCAUAUGGAGUUCAUGCAGAAUCAGAUACUGUCUGCAAGUGAGCGAAGCAAAAUUGAGUUAGAAAAGGUGAAAGAAGAAUGCCAAAGCAAGGGACUGGACAUUGAUGAAGUGAUCCAAUCUGUUUAAUAAGCAUGGGACUGGAUAUUGAUGAAGUGAUUAAAACUGUUAAAUAAGCAGCCCCUGAUCAUUUGUCUUUAAUUGUGCAUGUACAAUGCUUGUGUGAACAAUUCCAAAAUAACUAUGUGGACAUUGAAUGUACUAGGUGUAAAUAUAUAAUUUGAAUCUGUUAGACUGUGUAAACUUUUAACUGAAUGAAUAUGUCAUAUACAUGA